AUGUUCAGGUAUGGCCAGAACGAUUCCAAUGGUGAACGUUUCUGGGUAACAAAGGUUUUCUCAUUGCAGUCGAUACAACCUGAAGCUGCUCAUUACAACUCCACUGCUUAUCUCAAGGUGCAGUAUAGCUCCUCCGAUUCCAGUUCUGAUCUCACUCUAAACAAAAGGAAGGUCAUUUUAGCAAUUACACUUCCAACAACAAGUAUUCUUAUAUUACUUAUUAUUGUUGCCAUUCUUUAUCCGCAAAGGAGGAGGAAGUAUAAAGAGAACGAUGAAGACUCUGAAUUCAAUCAAUUAUUAUCAGGAAUGCCAACGAGGUUUUCUUUUGAGAAGUUGAGAGAAUGUACUGAAGGGUUCAGUAAAAAACUCGGGGGAGGUGGAUUUGGUUCUGUUUUUGAAAGGAAACUCGAUGGAGAGAGAGUUGCAGUAAAACAUUUGGAAGGUGCUAGGCAAGGAAAGAAAGAAUUCUUGGCAGAGGUUGAAACUAUUGGCAGCAUUGAACACGUCAAUCUUAUCAAGCUUAUUGGCUUUUGUGCAGAGAAAUCUCAUAGGCUUCUGGUAUAUGAAUAUAUGUCAAGAGGGUCGCUUGAUAGGUGGAUCUAUAACCGCCGUAGUAAUACCCGUUUUGAUUGGUCCACCCGAUGCAAGAUUAUUCUACAUAUUGCAAAGGGCCUAUGCUAUCUUCAUGAAGGGUGCAGACGAGAAAUUGCUCAUUUGGACAUCAAACCACAAAAAAUUCUCUUAGACGGGAACUUCAAUGCCAAAGUGGCUGAUUUUGGACUAUCCAAGUUAAUAGACAGGGAUCAAAGCAAGGUAAUGACAAUGAUGAGAGGAACACCUGGGUAUCUGGCACCUGAAUGGUUAACAUCGCAGAUCACUGAAAAAGUCGAUGUGUACAGCUUUGGUGUUGUUAUCUUGGAAAUAAUAAGUGGAAGAAAAUGCAUUGACCGUUCUCGGCCAGAGGAGGAUGUUCAUAUUAUUUAUUUAUUACGAGAAAAGGCUCAAAACAAUCAGUGGAUUGAUCUGAUCGUCGAUAAUAAUAGUGAUGAUAGUGUCUCACGCCAGGAGGAAGUGAUCCAAAUGAUGAAGCUUGCAAUGUGGUGUUUGCAGAAUGAUAGCAGCCAUAGGCCUUCCAUGUCAAUGGUGAUCAAGGUGUUGGAAGGUGCUAUAAGCGUUGAAAGUCACAUAAUUCAGAGCUUUCUCAAUGCAAACUCAAUCAUGUCUGUUCAAGAUAAUCAAUACCUAUAUUUGGUUCAUGAAGCAUCUAUCUUAUCUGGCCCACGGUGA